GGGAUAAAAUCAAGAAGAAGGAAGAAAAAGGUGGUGAUAAUAAGUUUAGAGGCAUUCAUGAGGGCAAGGUUAAGGAAGAAGACACUGAAGGUGUCCAUGGCUCAACUUCUUCCAAGGACACUGUAUUUGACAACCAAGGUUGUUGGUGUCAGUGCGUUUGCAGAUGUAGGAGCUCAUCCGAGGAUAUAUCUUUGGCCGAGGUCUUUCCUGCAGCUACAGAUUCACGCUACUUCUGUGACCUUGGAUUACCAGCUAUUGGAUUCUCACCUAUGGCAAACACCCCUCUUCUACUCCAUGACCAUAAUGAGGUUUGGAGAGACCAAAUGCUACUUUAGCAUCUGUGGUACAGUCCCUAAAGUUCAGUUUGAAGAUAGUGUGUUGGAAGCUUUAUUAAUGUCGAUUAAUCUUAGUGGUUUGAAAAACCUUUAUCAUUGUAAAUGGCUUUGACAUAGUGCCAGCUUAGAUUAUUAAAUUUGUUUUUUAUGAAUAUAUAUUAAAAUUGUGGGU